AUGAGUGCCUGCGGGAGGAAGGCCCUGACCCUGCUGAGCAGCGUCUUUGCUGUCUGCGGCCUGGGCCUCCUGGGCAUCGCGGUCAGCACCGACUACUGGCUGUACCUGGAAGAGGGCGUGAUCCUGCCCCAGAACCAGAGCACUGAGACCAAGAUGUCCCUGCACUCAGGCCUCUGGCGGGUCUGCUUCCUCGCAGGUGAGGAGCGAGGACGCUGCUUCACCAUAGAAUAUGUGAUGCCCAUGAACACCCAGAUGACAUCCGAGUCCACGGUCAAUGUUCUAAAAAUGAUUCGCUCGGCCACGCCGUUCCCUCUGGUCAGCCUCUUCUUCAUGUUCAUUGGGUUUAUCCUGAGCAACAUUGGACACGUCCGUCCCCACAGGACAAUACUGGCCUUUGUCUCUGGCAUCUUCUUUAUCCUCUCAGGCCUCUCUCUCGUGGUGGGCCUGGUGCUCUACAUCUCCAGCAUCAACGACGAGAUGCUCAACAGGACCAAGGACGCAGAGACCUACUUCACCUAUAAAUACGGGUGGUCAUUCGCCUUCGCGGCCAUCUCCUUCCUUUUAACAGAGAGCGCCGGGGUGAUGUCCGUGUACCUGUUCAUGAAGAGGUACACGGCCGAGGACAUGUACAGGCCCCACCCCGGCUUCUACCGGCCGCGGCUGAGCAACUGCUCCGACUACUCGGGCCAGUUCCUGCACCCGGACGCCUGGGCCCGCGGCCGCAGCCCCUCCGACCUCUCCAGCGACGCCUCCCUGCAGAUGAACAGCAACUACCCGGCCUUGCUCAAGUGCCCCGACUAUGACCCGAUGUCGUCGUCUCCCUGCUGA